UAAUGGAUUUUAGGUACUUAUCACUACAUCAUACUCGCUGUUCUCAAGCACACAACAAACAAUUACAACCAACAACAAAUCCAACUCUUGAGCCAUGAAAGAUACAAUCGCCAUUGAUGCCUCAUGCGCCGCAAUAAAUGAAGUUUGCGACCAUGGCACGAAUCUCAAUACUCUUGUGAUCUAUGAACCGUCCUCGGAGCAUACUGAUAUCAUUCAGCCUAUGCCUUGGGGAGCAAAGUGGAGAAGUUCUGCAUGGUUCAUCACCUUAGUAGUCUCAUUAGGAACAUGUACAGAAGCCCUCACCUAUACUAUUAUCAUACCAGUCCUCCCCUAUCGAUUGCAAAAUACGGGUUACUCCAAUGUCUCAACGCUCACUGCUUGGCUACUGUUCGCCUACUCAAUGGGGAUAUUGUUUUGUACCUUGCCGGUAGCCUACUUCUUCCACAGAUACCCCUUCCGCCGUAUUCCACUCGUUAUCGCUAUAAUAAUCCUGGAACUCGCUUUGGUCUUAUUCAUGCUCGUCAACCCAUUUUGGGCUAUGGUCCUCAGCAGAUUCUUGCAGGGAGCUUCAAGUACUGUUGUGUGGUCUGUCGGAUUCGCUUUAAUAUGUGAAAAUGUGGAUGAGGAGCAUAUUGGCCGUCAAGUCGGGUUUGCCAUGGCAGGAGUGUCCAUCGGCACAACCGUUGCUCCUCCCAUUGGCGGUGUACUUUACUCCAAACUAGGCUGGCAUGCUCCCUUCAUCUUUUGCAUCAUCAUCUGUUUCAUCGAUCUGAUUAUGCGCCUCUUCGUCCUUGAGCGUACCGACCUCCGCAAAUGGGAAGAAAGGCGCCUCAAUCUUGCCCCUGGAAGUCUUCAACCCAAAGUAGUAAAUGGUGAAGUCAUCAUGCCGGCCCAGGCGGAAACUUCACCUUUUAUCCAUUUGACGACAGCAGAGAAGGCAAGGCUGUCGGGAGUGGAGUUAUCUCCUUGGCAGGUGCUUGUGGCAUUGGCUAGUUCGCCAAGGGGCAUGACUUCGUUCAUACAGAUGUUUGCGUACGGGACGAUCAUCGGUGCUUUAGAGCCUACGUUGACACUUCAUGUACAAAGCCUCUGGGGGAAAGACUCCGACUUUGUUGGCCUCAUUUACUUGGCCGCUGCUGCUCCAACAUUCUUCUGCGGCCCAAUUGUCGGUGCUCUCGCCGACAAAUAUGGCGCUGAAUGGCUCAUGCUGCCGGCUAUGGUACUCACACUUCCAUGGCUACCUCUUUUGCUCCUGAAAAAGAGUUUGAGUGCAUUUAUUGUCUUCUUCGCCUUCUCCGAUAUCUUCCCCAAUUGUGCGAUGGCGCCGACAGGCCUGGAGGUGACGAUGGUUGCGCGAAACAUUGACGGUGUCAGUGAAAUUCAUCAAUUCGCUGCUAUGAACAUCGCUUUCGCUAUAUCUAGCGCUAUUGGAACCAUAGUCGGCGGCCAGAUGUACGAUCACGUACCCAACGGAUGGGCAGCUACGAUCUGGUUCUGCUUCGGUAUGGCGGUGGUCGUCAUCCCUUUCCUGUUCUUUUUCGCUGGAAACAGGUCUCUGUACCAGCGGUUAUUGCAUAUCCGUAAGAAAAAGGGGGAGGAUGUAGAGAUGGAGGAGGCCAAGGGAAUUUCAAAAAGAGACUAUACCGGUUGAGGAUAUGGGGCUGGAAAUCAGGAAGGGCGGUUGAAAGAGAUGCCCAGGAUGUUUCCCGUAAAG